AUGCUUCAAUCAAUUAACGGAUUGAGAAUAUUAACAUUAUCUGAUAUUCAAGGGAAUUUCGACAUUUUAACCAAAUUAUACAACCAGCACCAACCAAUAGACUUGAUCAUACAUACAGGUAACUUUGGAUUUUGGGAUAUAAAUACCAUUCAAGAAUAUAAUGAGUUGAAUUAUCUUAAACAAAUAGUUGCAUUUCUGGAAGUAUUGAAACCUGAUUUAGUAGAAGAAUUAAACAAUUCAAGUAAGAUUUUGUCAACAAAUGGUAGUGGCAGUGGCAGUGGCAAUGGCGGGAAUGGAAAUUCUACAAAUCCUGAUGAAUUAGCAUUGUUCAAAUCUGAACUUUUGUCAUCAAAAGAAAGUAUCAGUCAAUUUCAACAGUAUGUUGAUGGAGAAAAAGUUUUACCUUGUCCAGUAUAUACUAUUUUCGGUCCAUUAGAUGACCCCAAGAUCAUUGAUAAGAUACAAACAAAACAAGUGACUAUUCCUAAUUUAUUUUUACUCGAUCACAAAAACAAUUAUGAAAUCAAAACAGCAAAUGGAACUCCAAAUAUCAAGUUAUAUGGUUUAGGUGGUACUUUAAAAAUACAUAGUCUAUUUGAUAAUGGGAACUUGAAUUAUCUGGGAGUUUGUGGGAAAAUUGGAGAACUUUGGAUUUCAUUGUUACAAAUAGCUGAAUUAUAUAUCAAUGUUACAAACUCAAAGGCAUUAACAACCAGUACCACAAAGAAUGCAACAAUUAACAUUUUCAUCAGUCAUGUACCAGUUGUUAAAGCACCACUUUUGGAGCAUUUGGCAAUCAUCACACAUGCAGAUUUCACCAUCAGUCAAGGCUUACAUUUCCGAUAUCCGGUGAUGGGCAAUGGUAUGAGUUUUGUUGAUAGUAUGGGUGGAUCAUCGGGAUAUGUUGAAAAUUAUCGGUCUAAAUUUUCCAGACUUCGAAUGAUACUAGGGGAAUUGUGGUUGGUAAUAAAAGAUGAGUUGAUUGAGCUUGUAAACAGUGAUAGGAAUGAAAGUUUGAAAAAUUUGAUUGAGUUGGGAUUAAGCUUGUUUGAUAAAAUUCCUGUUUCUAUCACUGAUUCACUGGAGAAAAUUGUUCCAUUGAGUUUAUACUCUGAUGAUAACUCAGAAUUGAAUAAAAAAUUGUUGAAGCGAAUCAAUGAUUACUAUUUCCAAGCAUAUUAUAAUCUAUGGCAUUUCAAUUUAUGCGAUUACAAUAAUUCCGACUCUGGGAACUAUAAUAUUAUGAUUUUUAAAUUGGAUAAUUUAGGUAAUUUUAAUUUAGAUUAUUGUUCCAGCCAAGGAUUCAAUUUUAAUUUCAAGACGGCUCAAGAGAAUACUAUCAACGAUGAUGUUAACGAUACCAAAGAGGAAGAAUCAGUGCGGCCACCUCAUAAAUCUACUAAUUAUCGCGGUAGUGGUAGUAAAGAACGAGGUGGCCGUGGAGGAUCAAGAGGUACAAGAGGUCUGAGAGGAGGUAGAGGUUCCUAUCGUGGUCGACGAGGAAAUGGAAACAGAUCCUCACGUUAG